UAUUAUAUUAUGCAUCACAUAUGAUGAGAAACAUAAGUCGUUAAGCAUGUCGAAUCAGUCUUAAAUCAUGAUUGACAAUUAUUCUUCAAAGCUCUCUUCAAGAAACAGAAGUCAAAAUCUGAAUUGAUAGUCACGUGAUGACUAAGGUUGGAAUUUAAAUGAAUAUUUAGGCGUUUAGAACUUUAGAACUCGGGUAAGAUCCAGAUCAAGAAUAUUGGAUGUCUGAAAUGUUGGACACAAUGAGGUCUAACCACCAACACUGAAGUCGGGCAGAGGAUAAUCCAUCUUAUUUCAUUGAGUUACACUAUGUCUCGAAGACCGACUGAUUCUUUGGCAGCGCGAUGGGGAGCGGGGGCGAUCGCAGUCACUGUUAUUGUCCUUGCCUCUCUGUUUGGGUUCUUCCUCAUUCCGUUUAUGAAGCGACCUUGGUUCCCCACCCUAUUGACAACUCUUAUUGGCUUGGCUGUGGGCAUAUUGGUUGGGAUGGGUUGCCUCGCCUUACUGCCAGAGGCCUUCAAUCUUGAGCACAGCACCCACCCUGAUCACAUAGCCAAGGCAACAACCAUUCUAGGGGGCAUGUAUUUCUUUUACCUCACGGAGAGAAUAGUGAAAAUACUGACCAUUGGAAAAUCACUACACGGUGAGGACGUGGAUCCCGUUGAGGUCCAUGAGAAGGUGGACUUUUCUCGCCGACAAUCUGAGGCCAACAUAACACAAAGUCAAAGUCAAAACGGUUUUUCUGUCAAUGGUGUUGAGACUGGUUACAUAAAUGGUCAGCCAAUCCACAUUAACCCAUCGGAUGGUAUGAUACACACAGCUGAACUUGAACCAGAGGUACCAAAGAAGAAGACUCCACUCAUAGCAUGGGUCCUGACGUCUGCGGAGACGUUCCAUCACGUGAUCGAUGGUAUGGCCGUUGGGGUAGCCUUUGCUCGUAGCGUCCUUGGAGGACUUGGGAUGGCGCUGGCGAUCUUCCUUGAGGAAUUUACUCACAAACUAGGAGAUUAUGCGAUCCUACUGAAUGCUGGAAUGAAGCCUUGUAAUGCCAUGCUCUUCAACUUUCUCCAAUCAUGUGGAAAUAUUGUCGGCUUCAUCAUUGGAAUGUUCAUUGGUCAAGAAACAGCUGCGGCUGGUUGGAUAUUUGCAGUGGCAUCCGGGAUGUUCAUAUAUAUAGCUCUCGUGGAUAUGGUGCCAGAAAUGGACAAGACAUUGAUGACAUCCCAGAACAAGAAAGAAGGGACCAUUAUAUUCCUGUUCCAGAACCUUGGAAUCUUCAUUGGAUUUGGCAUCACCCUAAUCUUCGCUAUUUAUGGAGAUCAGAUUAGUUUUGAAAAUAAGAGGAAUACGUCAUCCCAUCUAAUGACUGAACAAUUCAUGUCAAUUUCCUCUUUGAAUUUCUUUAAUGAAACAUCUUUCUUCUGACACUGAUACCAGGACAUUGAAUAGCAGAAAUGUUGCACUUCAACAUAAAUGCCAUAUAUUUAAGGUCCUGUGGUUCAUGCAUACAGAACCCCAUACCAAUUGAACAGCUCUGACAUUCGGGUGUUUUCACAGAAUCAUAGUUAUUUUAUUUAGUCAAUAUACAAGAUUUCGCCUUAUUGGCAUUUAAAGAUGGUCAUGACAGGUGUGGUAUAUCAGUUGUAAGGAAAAGUGUUAUAUAUCACUUGAAAGGAGAGAUUUGUCCUGUAAGCGUAUUUCUUUUUUUAGUUGUAUUCAUAUAUUAUAUAUCAUAAAGUGACUAGUGUAUAAUGAUAUUGGUUUAAAAUAUACAACAGGAACCAAAACAUUUAAACCAAUAUUGAACCUAAGAUUUCAAUAUGUAAGAACUCUGAAUAUAUGUUUGUAUGUCUGUUAAAUGCACAACUACAAAAUGGCUUAACAUAGAUUAUUAUCAUGUAAUAUAAUUUUAAUAAAUAUAUUAAAAACAUUUCUUAUAUGUUCUCUUAUUUAACAAAACCUUUGAAAAUAUAUUGUUGCAAUGCAAUGAUUUUAUUA